GCUCGCGCGUGGGGGUUGAAGCGAAGACGCGUGAGCGAGGCGACCAGCAAGAAUUCCGCUCAGCUAGAGAGGAAGGAGUUGCCACUCGACAAUGGACGCCAGUAAAGGUAAAGGGGAUCAAGGGAUGCAAAAUCCAGGUGGGCAAAUGGACAGACCUGUCAGCUUCCACUUCUUGGAAAGCAUGCUUCCCAAAGCAGUGAAGAGGCGAGUGCAUGCCUUGAAAAGGCUACAGGUGCAGUGUGCUAACAUAGAGGCUAAGUUCUACGAGGAAGUCCAUGAGCUAGAGAGGAAGUAUGCUGCCCUCUACCAGCCACUGUUUGACAAGAGACGAGAUGUUGUCACAGGAACAGUGGAACCCACAGAUGAGGAGUGUGAGUGGCACAGUGACAGAGAGGAAGAAGAGGAGCUAGCUGAGGAAGUAAAGGAAAAAGCUGCAAUUGAAGAUGCAAAGAAAGAGGAAGCCACGCCAGAGGAAGACCCAAAAGGCAUUCCUGAGUUCUGGCUCACCAUAUUCAAGAGUGUGGACAUGCUCAGUGACAUGCUACAGGAGCAUGAUGAGCCCAUCCUAAAACACCUGAAAGAUAUUCAAGUCAAGUUUUCUGAGCCAGGACAGCCAAUGAGUUUCACAUUAGAGUUUCACUUUGAGCCCAAUGGUUACUUCAACAAUGCAGUCCUUACUAAAGUCUACAAGAUGAAGUCAGAGCCUGAUGCCUCAGACCCUUUCUCAUUCGAGGGACCAGAGAUCAUUGACUGUGAAGGCUGUCAGAUAGAUUGGCACAAGGGGAAGGAUGUGACAGUGAAAACUAUUAAGAAGAAGCAGAAGCAUAAAGGCCGUGGCACUGUUCGCACUGUUACCAAACAGGUCCCCAACGACUCUUUCUUCAACUUCUUUAAUCCUGUCAAAGCUUUACCAGAUGGAGAAAUGGACGAAGACUCUGAGUUCACUCUAGCCACAGACUUUGAGAUUGGUCAUUUCUUCCGUGAGAGAAUAGUUCCCAGAGCAGUGCUGUAUUUCACUGGAGAGGCCCUGGAAGAUGACGAGAGCUUUGAAGAGGAGGAGCUGGAAGAGGGAGAUGAAGAGGAGCAAGACGAGGAGGCUGAUGAUGACGAUGAUGAGGGAGACUUCGACCCCAAGGCAUAAUCAAUCAUUCUCAUCCCAUGCAUUUCUAGAAAGAACAGCCCCAGCCUGCCGAAUGCAAACAGCAGUAACCGUGAUGAUCAGGGGAGGUGGAGACCUGCUCUCAGUCAAUUCAGAUCUUAGCCAAUCAGCAAGUCCUCCCACUCUUACAGGCUCCGCCCUUUUAUGAACUCUCACCUGAACGCAAUAGAACGCAAACCAAACUGCGUUUUUACUAUGUGCAUGACUUUUUUCUUUUGUCUUGCGCCCAUCUCACCCCUUUUUAUUUGGCUUCAUUCAAACUCAAAGCAGGAAGUGACCUGAAUUAAAUUGAAAUACCAUGGCAUCAGUUAGGGACAGUCUUCUUCUUCCUUGGUAAGGUAGGGUAGGUUACUACUGCCAAAAAAGUGAGAUCAUCAUCAUCUAUAUAAAAAAGAAAAAAAAGAAAAAAAAGAGGAACAGAAUGGAUCCCAACUUUAGUUUCAUGGAAAUAAAUCAGUUACUCAGGGUUUUUUAAUGCCAACAAGAGAAGUGAUAGUUAACCAGGAAACUGCUGAACAACUUUGACUUAAUCUUUCACUGGGGUUGCUGAAGUGUUUUUCUUUUGUUAUGGUGUUUUUUUUUUUUAAGAGACAUACAAUGUAUCAUUUUGAAUUUAAUUUACAAUUUUUUAAAUGUUCAUUGUCAUGUCAUUGGACUAUUUAUUCUGGUGUCAUGCAGCUGUAUGAAGUGGUGCAUUUUGAGAUCUCUUUAAGGCCCAGCUACAGUUAUAGGUCCCCCUUUUCAUUGGUUCAAACAUUUGGGCUUAGCAGGUCAACAAAACGUGAAUACUGCCAAGCUGUGUUUUUAUGAUCAAAAUGCAUUUGAAACAUUGAGGAACUGUGUUCUCCGUUAAUACUGCUCACUACUGCCCAGGUGUACUGGGUUUAACAAGCAUUUAAACUGAGCACUUGAGUAGACACGUAACACUAAUUAAGAUCAUGUGACAGGCGUGUGGUUAUACCUCAGAUAUAACCUCCAAAAUGACUCUUUCCUGAUUUCCCCAUCAUCCGUGAAAUGCUCUUUUAAUUUCUGUUAGAAAGAAUGAAAUUAAGACAAGGAUUUCCCAAGCAUCACAUGUAGUCUGGUAAAUGAGAUGACAGAUCUAAGCAGACACACUGGCUGACACUCCACCUUUUGUGGUUUAUAAGAGAUCUCUUCUGGUAUGUAUGUAUGUAGUUCUUAACAAAUUUCAUUUAGUGAUGGGACAGGGUGCAGGAUGUUUGGAAUAAAUUUAACUUCUGUUGCCAAGAAGCCAAAAUGGAAGACAAAACACCGUCCUCUUUUAUGAAAUUGUCUGCCAAUUGUCAUUAACACAGUGUAAUCUAAUUCAGCAUUUAAAGUUGUUUAAGAAUAUAUAAAUAUUUCUGUUAUUGUCUGAUAAUUCUGUAGAAUGUCUGUGGAAAACAAAUGGAAGAGGUUGCCAAUGUAUUUUAUAUACUGCUCUUGGAUUUCGGCCGUUUGGUUGGACCCCUUUGCCUGGUGGCUGGUCAUCGAUAGCAGCGACAGCUAAAUAAUAACCCACCCUUUCUCUCUUUUUAAAAAGAACGAUUGUAGAUCUUGUUGGACAGAUCUCUCAGAGCCACGGUUGACAUCUUCAAAUCUACCACAUUGGACCGUGUGCUAGCAAUGGCCUUAACUGGUUCUUAUUCACAAUUUGUUACUUGCGCAAUAUUUCUUUUCAAUUUGUACAGAGUUAGUUAAAAUAUUCUAUUAAAGUUGUGUGACAUGGAAA